GUGUGUGUGUGCGCAUCUGUAUGGGUCAGUAUCACCCACUAUGCGCCGAGGGACGGGCCUUGUGCCGUGCGUUGAGGGGCUCGUCGGGUCGCUCGUCGGGGCCGAUCUUGGCGACGCUCCUCCGGGGCGCAACGGAAGGGGCCGAGAUGAGGCUGGUCACCGGGGUCCAGCUCAUGAUUGCGGAGGAGUACUCGUCGGGUGUCGGCGUGUAGGACCAGCUGGCCGUGUGAAUGUUGUGAUUGAGGUAGUCGGGCUCCGUCGUCACGCCGUCGACCUUCAGGUCCAGUGAUGUCACGUACGCCACUAAAAUGUCACCCUCUCGACCGCCACCCCAUUCUCGCUCAAGGCCUUGAGCGUGUAGCUGAUGCUGAAGGGCAACAUGGCCCCGCUGCUGUCGUGCUGCAGCACGUCUCCACCGUACCUGCACGCACAUACGCCGGGCACACACGCAGAGAAAUGAAUGGCGUGCUUGACUUCGUGCCACGCCCUCCUCAGCUGCCAUUCACACUGACCCGAUGUCCCUCAAUUUGACGUUGGGGAACAGGAGACUGACGCCAAUCUCCGGCGCGUCGGUGGCAGUGAGCUGCUGCAGGUCCACGCAGUCACGCUCCGGCCGGGUCAUGUACUCUGUCACACCCUCGAUCAGGCACCCAGCCCUGCCCGAUUUGGCGGCCUCGUGCAGGGCCUUGACCGGGAGGAAGAGCGCGCUCAGGUCGGCGCGGUAGGUGCUGCCGAUGAUGGGUGGGAGAUCGACACAGCUGGUGCCGAAGUCAUUGGUGCCGCGAUAUACGGCAUGGGUGGGCUGGACGCCGAGCAGCUUCAUGCACAGCUUGUCCCACUCCAUGAGGGGCAGCCGCUGCUCGUUGCCCCACCAGGUCGUCAGGUCCGGCUUGACGAUGCAUUCCAUGAAGAUGUCGGCCGUGAGUGUGGGCGCAUCGAUGGCGAAUCUGAAAGCACGCACCCAUUCAUGCAGAAUCAGGCAGCCAUCCCAUCCGCUCACCUGAGGUUUUUGACGGUGUAGUCGCACCGGGCCGUCUUGUCGUCGAAGCGCGCCGUGACGUCGACGAUCUUGGGCCACAGAGGCUGCCCUAUGAGGACGAUACAGUUGGUCAUCUCGGGCCCCAGGCUCGUGAGCGACGUCGGAACACGCUGCUUGAAGUCGGGGAACGAGAUCGAGUUGGGGCGGCAGAUGAUGUUGGUGGCCUCGAGUGACACGAUGCGAAUCUGGCCGACCUUGGACAGCGGGAGGUCGGGACUCACGCACGGCAGGUGAUGCAGCUCGUUCGUUGUGUCACGCUCCAUCUUGAACCUGAUGGUGUCGAUACGCUCGAGCAUCUUCAACAGGCUGCACACACACACAGACACACAGACACACGCACAGAGAGAGAGAGAGAGAGAGAGAGAGAGCGUGCCGUCGGUCCGUCCUUCCCUCUCCCUCCCUCCCUGCCUUCCUUCCUUCCUUACCGGUCUCUGGGAACCGGGAUGCAGAUGGUCAUGUUGAGCCGCUGCAUCUCUAUGACCAAGCCGCCAGGCACCCAUACGACCAGCCGCUUGGUCCCGGCCCGCCACUCCCACUCCUCCUCAGCCUUCAGCUCCUUCACUCCUGCUAAGCCUGACCCGCCCCCAAUUUGGGUCAGACAGCGCCACCGUUCACCAAAAGGAAGGGUACCACGGGCGGUAGAGGAAGGAAGUGGCAGGCAAAACCCGGACGAGUUGGGAGGGGCGGGAGGGGAUGCGGCGGACCACAUAAGCCAAAAAGCGAGUGAAAAGAAAAAGAAACGGGGGAUCUGUGGCCGAAAGAAGGCUGAGAAGUCGAGUGUGGAUGAAAAUUGGGAAAAGUGGGUCGAAUUUUCGAAUUUCCCGUCCCGUCUCCAAUUCUCGCCGAGGGAGAUCAUUGCUUGCAUCAUCUGUUCGUGGAGAAAACAGC